UGUCAAGCAGUAGGGCGCUGCGCUCCCCAGGCAGAGCCCUUAGCAGGGCAGAGUGUAUACUGCGGGUUGGGGGCGCGCGAGGCGCGCGGGUCCUCCCAGGGCCGCCAGCCCGCCUCCCUGCGCGCGCUUGCGCGCCGCUUCUCUCUCCCCAGGACCAUAGCCUCACUGUCUCCCCCUCCCUCCUGCCCCUUGCCCCCUCCCCCCGGGGGCCGCGGGGGCGCCGGGGCUGGCGGGGCUCCGGGAGUAUGUGAGGUCCCACUCCGGUCCGCAGAAUGGUUCCGGGUUUAGAGUUCACAGGUCAGAGUUGACUCCCUGAAAAGUGCAGCUGGUUUGAAAUGCAAGAUGGCGGCGGCAGCGGGGAGGUGAGGAGAGCCCAAGCCCGCAGUAGCGGCGGCGACGGUGGGGUACCGGGGCACCGAGGCGGCGGCUGCCCCUCCAGGAAAAGGUGCAUGGCUACUUUGGUGUUCAUAGUUAGUAAUGGCUUGAGCUAAACUUCUCAAACUGGAAGGCAUUCCCUAGUUCUUUGAAGGAUAGAGUCCUGGAGAAAAUAUGGCAAAUGAAGAAAUUGAGGCUCAGAGAGGUUCAGUGACUUGCCCACAAUUACACAGCUAGUGAUUGGAUGUUUGCUUCAAAAAUUCAGCAAUACAGCUUUGCAACUACCAACUACAAGUUCUUCUCUUGAUUGCACUAUGAAAAAGCUGCAGAUGGGAUGGACUCACAGAACCAAAAGCCAUUUCUUUCAAAUGAAGAUAACUGAAGGAAUUUGAUCUUCAUUGCUUUCUAAUCACAGUUGUGAUUUUCCUCACAAAAAUAGAAUGGCAAGCAAAAGAAAAUCAACAACUCCUUGCAUGGUCCUUGCCAGUGAACAGGAUCCGGACCUAGAAUUGAUAUCAGACUUGGAUGAAGGUCCCCCUGUACUUACACCAAUAGAAAAUGCAGCAGCAGAAAGUAUCUCAAGUGAUGAAGAUGUUCAAGAGCUUGUAGAUUCUGACAAUCAACAAAAUAAAAAAGUUGAAGGUGGCUAUGAAUGUAAAUAUUGUACUUUUCAAACUCCAGAUCUUAAUAUGUUUACCUUUCAUGUAGAUUCAGAGCAUCCCAAUGUAGUGUUAAAUUCAUCCUAUGUUUGUGUUGAAUGCAAUUUUCUUACCAAAAGAUAUGAUGCGCUUUCUGAACAUAAUUUGAAAUAUCAUCCUGGAGAAGAAAAUUUUAAGCUGACUAUGGUGAAACGAAAUAAUCAGACAAUCUUUGAGCAAACAAUUAAUGAUCUGACUUUUGAUGGUAGUUUUGUUAAAGAAGAGAAUUCAGAUCAGAUAGAAUCUAUAGAAACUCCCUCAUCAGGGAUUUCUAUCAGCAAAACUCCUAUAAUGAAAAUGAUGAAAAAUAAAGUAGAGAAUAAACGGAUUGCAGUUUUCCAUAACUCUGAAGACAUUCCAGAAGAAAAAGAGAAUGAAACUAAAUCAGGUCAUGAAGAAGUAGUUAAAAAUCCAACUUCAUCAGCAUCUGAGUCUAAUACAAGUACUUCUGUUGUAAAUAGUAUACAUCCAAAUACUACAAACACUGUAGUUACCCCAGCAACAGUUCUUCAACCUGGGUUAGCACAGGUGAUAACAGCAGCUGUAUCGGCUCAACAGAAUUCUAACUUGAUUCCUAAAGUUUUAAUCCCUCUUAACAGCAUUCCUACCUAUAAUGCUGCUUUGGACAACAAUCCCCUUUUGCUCAACACCUAUAAUAAAUUCCCUUAUCCAACAAUGUCUGAAAUUACAGUUCUAUCUGCUCAAGCAAAAUAUACAGAGGAACAGAUCAAGAUAUGGUUUUCAGCCCAACGCCUAAAACAUGGUGUUAGUUGGACUCCAGAAGAAGUAGAGGAAGCAAGGAGAAAACAAUUCAAUGGCACAGUACAUACUGUACCACAAACCAUAACAGUGAUUCCUACACAUAUUUCAGCAGCUAGUAAUGGUUUACCUUCCAUUUUACAGACAUGCCAAAUAGUUGGCCAGCCAGGUCUAGUCCUUACACAAGUAGCUGGCACUAAUCAAUUGCCAGUAACGACACCUAUAGCUUUGACAGUUGCAGGGGUUCCAAAUCAGACUCAUAUGCAGAAAAGUCAGGUGCACAGUGCUCAGCCUACUGCAGAAACAAAGCCAGUAGCUGCAACUCCAGCUCCAGCCCCAGCCCCAGCCCCAGCCCCAGCCCCAGCCCCAGCUCCAGCUCCAGCUCCAGCUCCAGCUCCAACGCCAGCCCCAGCCCCAGCUCCAACCCCAGCUCCAACCCCAGCUCCAGCUUCUCAGUUAAUAAAGCACGAAACUGCAUUAGUGAAUCCCGAUUCAUUUGGUAUCCGGGCAAAAAAGACAAAAGAACAGCUGGCAGAAUUAAAAGUUAGCUACCUUAAAAAUCAAUUUCCUCAUGACUCUGAGGUGAUCCGGCUUAUGAAAAUAACUGGCUUGACUAAAGGUGAGAUCAAAAAAUGGUUUAGUGACACAAGAUAUAACCAGAGAAAUUCUAAGAGUAAUCAGUGUAUCCAUCUCAACAGUGAAGCUUGUACCCCUAUUGUUAUAGACUCUAGUGAUGAGACUGCAGAAUCCCCAACUAUUGUCACUCCACAGCCUAAGCAGCCAGGGAAUUCUUUCCCUGAUUUUACUCCGCAAAAAUUUAAAGAGAAAACUUCAGAGCAGCUGCGUGUCCUCCAAGCAAGUUUCCUCACUAAUCCUAUACUUACUGAUGAAGAGUUAAACAGGUUAAGAGCACAAACCAAACUUACUAGAAGAGAAAUUGAUGUCUGGUUUACAGAGAGAAAGAAAUCCAAAACUUCAAAGGAAGAGAAAACAGAAAUAGAUGAAAGCAAUGCAGGCAGUUCCAAAGAAGAACCUGGAGAAGCUUCUCCUCAAGAAGAAUCUGGAGCAUCUAAGUUAGUGACCACCACAAAUAAAGUGUGUAAAAAGUCACCAGAGCAGUUGCACAUACUUAAAAGUGCAUUUGUUCGGACACAAUGGCCAUCACCAGAAGAAUAUGACAAGCUGGCUGAGGAAAGUGGGCUUGCUAGGACAGAUAUUGUUAGUUGGUUUGGAGAUACACGAUAUGCUUGGAAAAAUGGUAAUUUAAAAUGGUACUAUUACUAUCAGAGUGCCAGUUCAAAUAGUAUGAAUGGACAGGCUUCCUUUAGGAGAAGAGGAAGAGGAAGACCAAAGGGGAGGGGAAGGGGAAGACCCCGUGGGCGGCCUAGAGGAAGCAAAAGACUAAACAACUGGGACCGUAUACCAUCACUCAUAAAAUUUAAAACUGGAACUGCAAUACUUAAGGAUUAUUACAUGAAGCACAAAUUUCUUAAUGAGCAAGACCUUGAUGAACUUGUUGCCAAAUCACAUAUGGGUUAUGAGCAGGUCAGAGAGUGGUUUGCAGAAAGACAAAGAAGAUCUGAGUUAGGAAUAGAGCUAUUUGAGGAGAAUGAAGAUGAUGAUGAGAUAAUAGAUGAUCAGGAAGAGGAUGAUGAAGAAACAGAUGAUAGUGAUACCUGGGAACCCCCACGACAUGUUAAGCGGAAACUCUCUAAGUCAGAUGAUUAAAAAAUUGGAACCACCACAUGUGAACCCCAGCAUCUCAGUUCCUGAUAUACUGUAUUAGGAAGUGAAAUUGUACUAAAGACGAUGAAGACAAGAAGAACAAUAGGACCAGACCAAGUACAUAUAGAAGAGAUCUUUGCUAAAAACAAUUCAGUUUUAAAGCUUAAGAAACAAGUUUUCAAGAUCUAUGAAUGAAGAGAAGACAGUGAAUGGAAAAAAUUAUGGAUAGUAUUGUUAUUCCACUACAGCCGCCCCCCCCCCCAAAGGCAUUUGAGAGAGAACAUACAUUUAGACCAUUUUCAUACGUCUUUAUGAGAAUGGUCUAAAUGUAUUUUAUGGAAUCUUUGAUAAAAAUAUAAAAAGAAAUGGAUAGUGUUUUUUUGCAGAUCAUAUUUUUAGUCACAGCUGACUGAAAGAUGCAGAGAAUGCAAUGAUCUUGCCAUAUUUAUUUGUUGAUUAUAAAAAUCCUGAGAUAAAAUGAAAUUCAAUCCUAAAGCCUUUUCUCUAACAAGAUAUAUCAUGCAUAUGUUAAGAUCAUAAAAAUUCCCUGAUAAAUGUAGCCACAAAGAUGAUUUUGAUCAAUAGUCCUACUACAGUUAUGCAUAUCAAGUACAGCAUAAGCAGGAAAACAUAUUCUGGCCAAAACUUAUAUGGAGAAUAUGAUGUAGAGGCUUUGGAUAAGAUAGAUAUCUUGCAGAUGAUACUAUGCUGAGUACAUCAGGCCCCACAAUUCUCAAGCAGAAAUGUCAAAUACAUAGCCCUUCUGAGCCCCACAUGGCUCAUAUUCCUGAUUGGUUUCAAGUUCUAAAACUUGACUAAACCAGACUAAAAUGUAAUUGGUAAUUAUUUAACAAAAUAAAUGAUACAAUAAAACAUAGAUAAAAUAUGAAUAUGUGAUUUUCUAAUUCACAUGUUGACCUCAGUGAACCUUAUGUAUGGUUUACUUGUUUCCUUUUCUAUUUGAGUUUGAUACCAUGCAUGAUGCUCUUGAGCUGCCUCACAAAAAUCCAUGACCAUUCAAAAAAGAGAAAUUUAACAGUUCACACAGGAAAAGACAAAUAGAAAAUUUGUCUAGAGAGUGGCACGCAGUUGAAUGGCAGCCCAUUGUUUGUGUCCAUUAAUACAUAGGUACUAUAGAUGAGUCAAAAUUUGGGACCAGAAUUGAAUAAGGAGGGAAAAGUAGACUAGAUUGAGUUUGGGAAAUUGCAUAGUAUUUUCAAUCAUCUUAAAAUACUGCUUAGAAGAAAACAUUUAAAAAAAUUGAUAUUCUUCCAGUUUUACCCUACAGUUGUGAAUGGCAAACAACACAGUGGUUUCUGAAAAGCUGACAUUACAGUUGAACUGAAGGACAACAAAAGGAAAGGAGAAGGUAGGGAGAGUGGUGGGAAUAGAGAGUAACAUAUUUGCAACAAUAAUUAAACAUACAAGAUACAGUGUAAAAAAUAUUUCCAUAUUCCUCUUGAUUUCAUCAGUGUACAUUCCAACUGUGCAGAAUGUUUUCAGCCAUUUUAAUCCUAAGCAUCUCUUCCCUUAUAAAUCCUGUCCAGUGAGUCCACUCAUUGUACUAGGAGCCAUCCUCUAGAUAGCUUGACAUUGUAUGGGUAAUAAGGAACAAGGAAGGCUAUCUUGCUAUAUCCUUCACUUUUAUUACAUGCCCAACCCACUUCUUUUUCGAGACAUACAUUUCUCUGAUUAGCACAGUUCUUUAUUGUUGAAUAUGCUAUAGUCUGUUUACAUCUGUAAUACAUUUUGCAUUGUUCUUUGGGUGACUUGCAACCAAUUUUUCAGAGACUUGCAUGACAAACAGUGUCACUGGAGGAAUAAUGAUGUUAAAAAAGAUGAAGAUUUAGAAAGAAGCUUGGGAUUAUUUAAAACACUAGUUUCCCAAAGCCAAUUUAGUAGGAAAUUUAACCAUUCAUACUCAGAUCCCCAGUUCAUUAUUCAUCUACAAUGUCUAUCAAACACAUGUGAUGAUAUAGUAUGUAUAUUAUAUGUGAUAUAUAAUAUGUAACAUUGUUUAUGCAUAUAACAUAGAUAAAUGGACCAGCUUUUUAUGAUCACCAUCCAAUCACAUAUAAUAAUUUGUAUUUAUCUACUUGGAUUUUCCUGUGUGGAAAGUUUGUUUGAAUUUUCAAAAAUCAUAAUCCAUUUAGGAAACUUUACAGUAUUAUUGGGGUUCAUGAAAACAAUGCAAUGUCAUUGACAAGUCUGAAGACCCUCCUCUACAGGGUAUUUUCCAUUUGGCCACCAUGCUGGAAACCUACAAGACAAUGUUAAACAUUUUUGGUAAGCAAGUUUCCUUGUUUUAUGCUUCAUUGAUAUUAGUAAUAAUAUGACCAUUGAGCACAAUUAUCUGUUAGAUCUUUAAGGACUAUUGUAUGAUUUUACUAUAUUCUGGUGAACUGAUUGAUUCAAUUAUCUCUAUGAAGAUGGUUCUCAAAUCUUAAUUUUUUAAGAAAAAAUUUCUCAUUCUACUUAUCCACACCUCAUCUUUUUCCUGAAUUCUGGUCCUAUUACCAGCUGCCUUCUGGACAUUUCAUAGACUCUUCAAACCCAGCAUGUUCAAAACAGAAGUCAUUAUCUUUGCAAUUUCUGUCCCUCUUUAAAAAAUCCCACCCCUCUUCCUAAAUCCCUUAUUUCUGUUAAUGAUACCACUAUCCUGUCAUCUGUGUUUGAGAUCUUGGAGUUAUCCAAAAUUCUCCUGCAUUUCCCAUAUUCAGUUACUUGCCAACUCCUAUCAUCCUCCAUAGUAUCUCAUAUUCAGCUCUCUCCUCAUAUAGGCACAAUCCUAGUUCAUCCCCACCACCUUUUGAAAAAAAGAUACCUAAUUGAUCUUGUCUCAAUCUUCCUUUCUCUCCAAUCCAUCUUUCACACAGGUGCCAAAUUGAUGCUCUCAAAAGUGUAGUUCUAACCAUGUAAUUCUCCUGCUUAAGAAGCUACAAGAAUUCUCUAUUGCUUCCAAGAUAAAAUCUCUAUUUCCUCUCUUUUGCAUGUAAAGGUCUUCAUAAUCUCACUCCAACCUAUCUUUUUUUUUACUUAAUUCAUAUUAUUACCCUUUGUGGCCUCUAUAUUUCAGCCAAACUGCUUUUUAUUUGCAACAUUUCCCAUCUUUAUCUAGAAUGCCCUUAUUCUUAGCUUUGCUUCGUGGAAUCUCUACCUUCUUUAAGGCUCAGUUCAAGCACUAUUUCUUAAUGGACCUUUCUUUAAUAUCUGUCCUCUUGAAAAUGGUUUAUUUAGUAUAUGUUUGUAUUUGCCUAUUUGUAUAUGUGUUGUUUUCCUUAUCUUAGAUCAUAAUCUCCUUGAAAGCAGGAACCUUCCUUUUUAUCUUUGUAUCCCCUUUGCCUAGCAAUGUUCCAAAAACAGAAUUGGUCCUUAAUAACUGUUUGUCAAAUUGGAUUGAUUUAAGAAAAGCCUUUACAGCAGCAUUUUUUUUUUACAAAAGCAUAUGUUUGGAUUUUUUUACAUACAUAUGACAAUAAAUGCAAUGAGAUCUUUUUUUCCUUUGCCUUUCAUUGAAUUACUUGACUAAAAACGUGAUCUAAACAUCCUUUGUGAGAGUUUCCCUUCUCAUACCUUCAUCUAAGAUACUCUUGAUACAUUAAUUCUGCUCAUAAGGAUUUUUUUAUAGAGGUGGGAAGAGUUGGUUGCCUUUUUUCAGUACUAAUAAUAUCUAGUUUUUCCCAAGCAUUUUUUAGGCUUGUUUUCAGAUAUCUUGAGAAUCAAUUCCUAAACACCUUCAAAAUUAUACUAUUCCCAGUCUAAAAUCAGAAACUACAUAAUAUUAGAAUUUAAAUGUUGCGACCUUACCCUCAUCAAUGGAGGAAACAAUUUGUCACAGAAAUCUUGAUAAAUUGUUUCCAUUUCUAAGCUAUUCGUUAUCCUUCCAGAGUCAUCUCUGGCUUAAUUUGGUCUGUUGAUGACUUCUGUAAACAUUUUCAAAGCUUCUUUUUUUAUGUGUGUGUAAUUAGGAUUUGCUCCCCAGGACUCUAAAUCUCAACUUCCCGUGUUCCUUCUCACAUUAUGUACUAACAUAGGGGAGAUAUAAGUUUUAUGUAGCUCCGCCUUCACACACUCUUUUCCCCUGAUUGCAGCUGGGAAAGGGGAUUUUGCUCAGGUUUUUACUUUUGUCCUUUCAUUUCUUUUACUUCAAGUAAUCACUAAUAAAUCUUAUAAAACAUAAUACUUGGAGUUAUUGGAUAUUAAUCUUAAUCUUACAUGUGACAAUACCAUCCAUAAUCUUCCACUAGCCUAUUUUAUAAGAUUUUAAAGAUGAGUUUGUAUUUUCAUAGAUAUUCCCCUGUUCUGCUAUGUGCUUAGCAAAGAGAUCAAGUGUUUGCUGCCUGAGGUCAUUUCUACACUUUCUUGUUCUUCUAGUGAUGACUGGUUUAUUUUGACUAAACUUAAUGAUAAUCUAUAUCAAUGUCUAUUAAUUUAUUUGUCAUUUGGGGCAUUGAGUUUAGUUGGUAAGGUUGGAAUUGCCUAAAUUGUCAACAAUUUUUAUCUGCUUUUUAAUCUGCUAACAAUUUUUGUCUUUUCUUUAGUAAGAUGAUAGUAUGGCUGUACAUAGUUGAUUAGGAAAUGAUUUCCACAUUGGUUACUAGCCAUUUCCUGUCAUAAUGUAGUCAGUUUAACUGUUGUAUGAUGUUAUUUGGUGUUUGCUGGCUCACUUUUUUAGAAGUAUUUAUGCAUUGAGUUUUGACAAAAAAGUUAUUUCAUAAACAUUAACCCAAAAUAUCCCUUACAUCCCUGAGAAAAACUUGGUAAUAGAAAGGAAAGAUAUGUCUUUUAAUUUAUAUAGUGUGUAAUACUAAUAUUGCUUGACAUUUGACCAGAACUAUUCUGCCUUGCCAUGUUACAUUGUGGUAGUCUUGCAUAUAUUCUUUUGGUUUUGUUUUUCUUGCUCUAAAUCACUUCUAAUUCUUAUAGAAAUUUUUGAUGAUAUAUAGAUACAAGUCUUCUGUAUAGUCUACAUAUCUUUAGGCUCUUGUAUUUCUUACUUUUGGAUCAUGUUUUCCAACAUACUUUUUCUGCCUUCAACUCUGCCUGUUGCAUUGAAAUCACAAAGUUAUUUUGGAAGGUCUUAUCAAGUUCUUUAUAGAAUUUCUCUAUCUCCUCAUCCUUUUACAACACAUGAUGGGGCAAAAGCUUCAAUUAUUUUCAUGGCAGUCUUUUGGCUAGUCCUUAUCUUAAGCACUACAAUGUAAAAUGACCAAAUAUUCCAUGAAAUCCUGUUUUGUAUUGCCUCUCCAUGUAGGAUAAAAACAGUUCCCUGAUUUGUCUUGCUAAGGAGAACCUAUGAGCUAUUCUUCUGUUUAGUUCACAGCUUCUUUUUGUCUUCUCAUUUCAUUUAUAAUGAGACUGUCACUAUUGAUGUGGUUACAUUUUUCUAUUAGGAUAUCUCAUCAGUUGUUUUGUCCAUUUAAUUUAGACAAAGCUCUUAUAUUUAAAUUACCCACAAUUAGUGUUUAUAGGCAGUCUAAAAACUGAUUCCUAAUCUUUCUUUUUUUAUUGCUUCUUUGCCAUGGCCAUUAAAGAAUCAAAAAAAGGAC